UUAUUUAUGUUUAUUCAAGUAUUUAUGGCUGAGUUGUUAAAAAAAUAUUAUCCAAGAUACGUUGAACUCCAUAAUUACUGCCAGGGCAAUAGUCUUGCUAAGAAGAUUGAUAAUUGGAGGACAUUAAAUAGAAAAGUCUUAUCUAAACUAAAUCUUAAGCUCAAUGAUAAAACAAUACACGAAAUAACUACGUGCCAAGAUAAAGCCAUAGAAAAUUUUUUAUCGAGAGUUAAAAAUAAAAUAAUUAAAGACUGUAAUGACGAGCGUGCGUCACUUUACUCAAUUGAUGACCGGGACAUUGACAGAGUAAAUUCGAUCUUGGAUUUCGAUGAAGUUCAAAACAAAGUCAUGCCCAAAGGAGCGUUUCUGCGUCUCAAUCAAGAGUUGCAAGAUAAGAAUGAACUUAUUGGAAUACUCAAUAACAAGAUCGCCCACCUGCAGCAGCUCCUCGAGUUAAAGGACCGAAAAAUAAACGAUCUCUCUGCGCAGAUGACGAAAUUAAAUUUUUCCUUGGGAAAUAAAACCCGUUGAUGUCUUACUUUG